GUCUUUUCAGUCUUGCUCCCGUUAUGAGGCCUUUCCACACCUUGUCUAGUCCAUUAUACCACACAUCAUCCUCAUCCAACUUUCCCUCGUGCGUGUUUAAGAGCUCUUCAAGCCUUUGUCGUGAAACAGAAGUAGCCAGAGGCUCAGGUUGUUGGUCGUGAGGUAUGGGCGUGUGCCACAGAGCCCUUCUAGCCUCAAAGUAAGCAGGACCGGGCUCCGGUAAAUCCGAGCUCUCCAAUAGCUGCUCGAAGCGAGUUUGUGCAGGUGGUGAGCUGGUCGUGCUCUUCGAUGAGGGAACAUCUACCGGUGGCCUUGGAGUGGGCACUCGAAGUGCUUCAGGUGGGUCGAAUGAGUAGCCGUAGGGACUUGCGGACAUUUUUGCAAAGCCCUUUCGCCGACCAUCACGAUAUGAAGGGCUCGAGGGUGUUUCCGGAGAAGAUGGCACGGUUACUACGAUGCCAGAAGGCAAGGCAGGGUCACUUUGGUGGUGAGGAUACAUCGGACGCUAAGGUUAGGACGUGAUGACUAAGCAACCCUGGAAGCCCUUAUGCAUGCCGUGCCCACUGUUGUUGCCAUCGACGAACUGUUCUCGCCGCUGAACUCUCAUGUUGUACAAGCAUUCAUCUCCAGCGCAGUCGACAACGUCCCUCUCCGAUGUCGACGAUGAUGAUUUCAAUAAGUCAACAUUCUUUCCUUCGUUAGAUCCUGUCGCUGCAACUCCAGCUCAAUGGUCUUCUCGUCUACUUCCACAUUCCCCUUUGGAACCGCUAUCAACACAUAUCCUUUCACAUGCCGCUCGUCUUCCUCCUGAAAUCCUCAUUCAUAUCUUGAAGCACCUCCACUCAUCCAGAGAUCUGUAUCAUGCACUCCUUGUCUCCCGCGCAUGGUGCGAAUGCACAGUUGAACUGCUUUGGCAUCGACCGAGCUUCACAAAGCUAUCAACCUUGGGGAAAAUGAUGCGCGUACUUGCUCGGGAUGACCAGACUUUCAUCUAUGCGCGAUUCAUUCGUCGUCUCAACUUCCUCUACCUCGGGGCAGACCUAACAGAUUCUCUCUUCGGUCGCCUCGCACAAUGUGUUAGAUUGGAACGCCUCACCCUCAUCAAUUGUAAUUCCCUUACGGAUGGCGCACUUGCCCGCGUCCUUCCAUGCUGCCCCAAUCUCGUCGCGUUAGAUCUCACGGGAGUUGUAGAGACAAGUGACCGUGCUAUAGUGGCGUUAGCAUCGUCUACGAAGAAACUGCAAGGGAUCAACUUGGGCGGCUGCAAAAAGCUGACGGACAAGGCGGUGUUAGCUUUAGCUGCUAAUUGCCCAUUGCUUCGCCGCGUCAAACUCAGCCAUGUCGAACAAGUCACCGAUGAAGCCAUAUCUGCGCUUGCGAAGUCGUGUCCUCUACUCCUCGAAAUCGAUCUCAAUAACUGCAAGAAGAUCACGGAUUCGUCUGUACGCGAUCUGUGGACAUAUUCAUGCCACAUGCGUGAAAUGCGGCUGUCUCAUUGCGUUGAGCUUACCGAUAGCGCAUUCCCUUCGUCACCUCGGUCCGAGGUUGUACUUCCCACAGGACCCAACCCCUUCCCCUUGUCGACUCCCCUGAAUACGGAUAAACUGCCGCCGUUGCGUGUUACUAAGCCCUUUGAGCAUCUGCGUAUGCUCGAUCUCACCGGGUGCUCGAAUAUCACGGACGAAACUAUUGAAGGGAUUAUCUCUGUUGCACCGAAGAUUCGCAACCUGGUGCUUGCCAAAUGCAACCAACUGACAGAUGUCGCCGUCGAGUCUAUUUGCUCAUUAGGCAAACAUCUGCAUUAUUUACACCUUGGACACGCCGGAGGUAUCACCGAUCGCUCAAUACGAUUGUUGGCACGUGCCUGCACGCGUUUGCGAUAUAUCGACCUUGCAAAUUGUUUGCAGCUGACUGACAUGUCAGUGUUCGAGCUGGCCGGCUUGCAGAAACUGCGUCGUAUUGGUCUCGUUCGCGUGAAUAACCUCACAGACCAAGCCAUUUACUCUUUGGCGGAAAGGCAUGCGACUCUCGAACGCAUACACUUAUCCUACUGUGACCAAAUUACCGUGAUGGCCAUACAUUUCUUACUGCAGAAACUGCCCAAACUCACCCAUCUGAGUCUCACCGGCAUCCCCGCCUUUCGUCGACCAGAAUUGCAGCAGUUUUGCCGUGAGGCACCAUCGGAGUUUAACUCUGGGCAACGCGCCGCGUUUUGCGUCUACUCGGGGAAGGGAGUUUCAGACCUUCGAGACUUUCUCGCUGAUCUAUUCAACACUAUUACUGACGAGAUGGCGGCUGGUAGUGGGACAGAGUACGAUGACGAAGACGAAUACAGAAAUCGUUACGGCGAUGAUUCAGAAGCUGCCAAUGAUGCAGAUGAGGACGAGGAUGUCGUUCGUCGCGACCCUGCAAAUGUCUCUCGUACCACGGGAUCAUCUCCUCCUCAGUCAAUUGACAAUGAAUCCGAAGACCGUUCUACCGUUCAACUUCCGUCGAGAGAAUUAUUGAUGUCCCGGGAACGAGCCAACCCACCAAUCCCAAGAACAAUCGCGGCCUCGCAGGUUUGGAUGAAUGGGCAUAACGUGGCGGUUGGUCCGUCCCGUAUUGUAAGAGGCUUUGGGCAUCAACCAAUCAUCGAGGCAUCGACAUCGCCUGCCCCCAGUGAUGCUGCUUCUAAUCGUAGCGGAGGAACGAAUCACUCGACUGGCACGGCGUUCUUCCGCAAUUACGCAGAGACGAACCCUAUCCUCCGGCAGGGCGUGAUGACCCCAGACUUGAUCUUUGCGGAAAUCGGGCACGGCCGUGGAGCUGGUCCUCAUGCAGGAUCCAGUACUAUCGUGAUACCCGCACCUACGCGUCGACCUGUGGAUCCAUUGACUAUUGUGCCACCAUCGCCUACAGGUUCACUAAGUGCAUCAACUUAUACCCCGAUGGCCUCGGCUGCCAUGGCAGCGACAGGCUCAUCGACUUCGAAUCUUGAGUCCGGAAGACAUCCACCAAGCUCUAGUGGCAUUAGUGGGGACAGUGGUGGUAGUCAAUUGUUUGAAAGAAGCCCGGUUUUGGUGGACAGCUCGAACUCCUAUAAUCAUAAUGGUGAUUAUCAUAACGAUUGGACGUCCGUUCCGCCCGAUAGCAUAGGAACACGAUCUCUAUCAUCGUCUCCAACAACACGAGAGCUACAGGAAUCUGUGCAUUCGGUGUUAGGUCAACAGUCGGUAUUCGUGGAGGAAGGGAGAGGUCGCAGCGUCAAGCGAAGUUUACGCAAUACAAUUACUGCCGCUGAGCAGUACGCAAGCAGCUUCUUCUUUGGUGGUCGAGGCCAGGGCAGUAGCGAAGGAGGUAGUGGGUCUUCAGGUCAGGGUAGAGAGGGGGACAUCCAGGGUCAGUAGUCGUGUAUAUGGUUUGUGCAUGCAUUAGUGUCGAGUAUUUUCUUUAUUUUCUCUUAUCGGCUGCUUCCCUUCGGAGUUUCACUUUGUCAUGGCAUACGAUCCCUGAACGCGCAUUAUGUAGUUUUAAACACGGAUGGUUAUUUACAUUUCUCCCUCGUACGCGCAAUCCCUUUCUUAGUUUCCUUCUGCAUUUGGGCGUGCAUUACCUUCGCGGCGUGUGAAUUGCAUGGGCGCUUCCAUGAACCGACCCAAGGAGAUCGCUUUGAACCACCGCUCACUUCUACGCCUAUUUGUUCUUCGUUUCCUCCCCUUCUCCAUCUUAAACAAUGAACAUUAGGCCUGCGCGGGUAUGCAAUGAUAAAACGCCUACGUGG